AUGAGGAAUGAUAAUCAAAGUGUUAUAUCUGAAUUCAUCCUCUUGGGGCUCCCUAUCAGGAAGGAGGAGCAAGGCAUGUACUAUGCCCUGUUCCUGGUCGUGUACCUGACCACGGUGCUGGGGAACCUGCUCAUCAUCCUGCUCAUCAGGCUGGACUCCCGCCUCCACACCCCCAUGUACUUCUUCCUCAGCCACUUGGCUCUCGCUGACAUCUCUUUCUCAUCAGUCACAGCUCCAAAGAUGCUCAUGAACAUGCUGACACAGAGCCAAUCCAUCUCUUAUGCUGGGUGCAUUUCACAGGAAUUCUUUUUCUUAUUAUUUGGUGGUAUUGACAGCUUCCUUCUCACCUCCAUGGCCUAUGACAGGUAUGUGGCCAUCUGUCAUCCCCUCCACUACAACAUCAUCAUGGGUCAUAUCCUCUGUUCCUUGCUAGUGGUUGCAUCCUGGUUCCUGUCCUUUGCUGCUGCCCUUGUGCACACGCUCCUCCUAGCCCAUCUGUCUUUCUAUGGAGACAACACUCUCCAUCACUUUUUCUGUGACCUGUCUGCCUUACUUAAGCUGUCCAGCUCAGACACAGCCAUCAAUGAGCUGGUUAUUUUCAUUGUAGGAACGAUGGGUAUUACUUUGCCAUUCUUGUGCAUUCUGGUGUCUUAUGGCCACAUUGGAGCCACCAUCCUGAGAGCUCCCUCUAUUAAGGGAAUAUACAAGGCUUUGUCCACAUGUGGUUCUCAUCUCUCUGUGGUUACUCUCUACUAUGGAGCAAUUAUUGGUCUCUAUUUUGUCCCCUCAUCCAAUAACACUAAUGACAAGGACGUCAUUGUGGCUGUUGUGUAUAGUAUGGUCACACCCAUGCUGAAUCCCUUUAUCUACAGUCUGAGGAAUCACGGUUUGAAAGGUGCUCUGGCGAAUCUGCUUAGUAGAGGAAAUUUUUCAUCAUGA